AGUGAUUUGAUAAUGUAUCGCUGUGUAAAUUGUGGAACAGCGAUUGAAGAGCUAUAUAGAAGAUAUUCACCAAAUGUUUUAAAACUUUUAAAAUGUGAAACAUGUGGUCUUUUAGCUGAUAAAUAUAUUGAAUACGAUCCGGUGAUAAUUUUAGUUGAUCUAAUAUUGCUUAAAAAACGAGCAUACAGGCAUUUGCUUUACAACUGUGAUAUAACACCCAGUUGGAAACUAGUAAUAAUUUUGUGGCUUAUCGAAUCUUUCAGAAAUUUCCUUUUAUGUAAUAAUAAUAAACAAUAUGUUCAAUAUUGGAGGUUAUUCCAACUUAAUUUUGAUAAACAUUGUAGUUUAUAUGUAAUACUGUUCAACACUGCCUUCGCUCUCGUUACUUUCGUUUUUACUGUAGUUUUGUUUACUAAAGUCAGAUGGUAUCUUUAUCCGAAUAAUUCAGACAAAUGUAGUACGACACUUCUCAUGAAAGCAUUAGUGAUUGGUGGAUCCGGGAAGUUAUUAGGAUUAUUAGAAAUCACCUGGGGACAUAUUUUUCUGACACCUCAUUACUUGCUUAUAUUGGGAUACACUCUUCUCUGCUUGCUUACAGCUUAUUCAGUGAUUACCAACAAUGAAAAAUUGGAAUCCAUGAUGAUUUUGGGAAUAGGCAUUGUGGUCUACAACUGUGCAUAUAAUUUCUCUUUAAGGAUUUUGGAAAUUUUAGAAUUAGUUUAA